AUGGAUUACAAAAUUGUUGGGAUUUACAACGAGAAGAAGGAAUCAACAUUUGACGGUAGCUUUCUUCAUCCACACGAGGGAAAGAAGUACGAAAUAGUGGAGUUUCCCAUUCACAAGAGGUAUACUAUUGAGGGAAACUCAGUUGUUGUAAAUGAUAUUGUAUUUCCCCUUCAUCGAGGCUUUCAAAAGAUUGUUCCUACAGAUACCUUCCUUUUUAUUUGCUAUAAAAAGACCUUGGAGAUUUUCAAUUUGGAAGGCGGUCUACUCAAGGAAAUAAUCAGCAAAGAGCCAAUAACUAUAGGCUCGCACGGAUUUAUGCUCUUUAAUAGAAUGCAUUACAUACUGAAUCUGGAUGCCCAGUCUGUUUUUAUUCAUAGGCACGAUAAUGUUCUUAAUUUUACCGGUGAAGGUAAAAUUUUUGCAACUGAGUUUAGCAAAAAGAUUGUGUGCAUGGAAUCAGGAAUUGAAAAUCUGAUUAUGGAUGUAAAACCAAGUGAUAUUAGAAGAUUAACCGAUAAUUUAGGCACAAAAGAGCUAGUGCAGAAUCAGAAGAGUGAAGAUAUAAAAAUCAGCACUGCCAUUGAUCUUGGGGAUAAUUCUGUGGCCGAUUAUACGGCAUCCCUUAAUAGUGAAAGAAGCCAAGCCGAUUUUACAGAAAACAG